AUGGGAGGCAACAAAUCAUGGGUCACAGGGUUCAUUCUAGUGGGAUUCCAGCUCAGUGCAGAGAUGAAAGAGCUCCUCUUCUGGAUCUUCUCCCUGUUAUAUAUCUUCAGCCUCCUGGCCAAUGGCAUGAUCUUGGGACUCAUCUAUCUGGACCACAGACUGCACACACCCAUGUACUUCUUCCUUGCACAUCUGGCCAUCCUUGACAUGUCCUAUGCUUCCAACAAUGUCCCCAAGAUGCUGGCAAAUCUACUGAGCGGAAGGAGAACCAUCUCCUUUGCUCCAUGCAUAAUGCAGACGUUCUUGUAUUUGGCCUUUGCUGCUACAGAGUGCCUGAUUUUGGUGGUGAUGUCCUACGAUCGAUAUGUGGCCAUCUGCCGCCCUCUCCAGUAUACUGUCAUCAUGGGCUGGAGAGUGUGCACAAUCCUGGCUGUCACUUCCUGGUCAUGUGGGUUUACCCUGUCCCUGAUACAGGCGAUUCUGCUUCUAAGGUUGCCCUUCUGUGGGCCUUGGUAUGUGAACCACGUCUUCUGUGAAAUUCUGUCUAUCCUCAAGCUGGCCUGUGCUGACACCUGGAUCAACCAAGUGGUCAUCCUCGCUACCGGUGUUUUCAUCUUAGUUGGGCCCCUUUGCUUGAUGCUUGUCUCCUACAUACACAUCCUCUGGGCCAUCCUAAAGAUCCAGUCAAAGGAGGGCCGUAUAAAGGCCUUCUCUACCUUCUCCUCCCACCUCUGUGUGGUUGGGCUCUUCUUUGGCAUAGCCAUGUUGGUUUAUAUGGUCCCAGAUUCUAAUCAACGAGAGGAGCAGGAGAAAAUGCUGUCCCUAUUCCACAGUCUCUUUAACCCAAUGCUGAAUCCCCUCAUCUACAGCCUGAGGAAUGCUCAGGUGAAGAGUGCCUUCCACAGAGCAUUGCAGAAGAAGAGAUCCAUGUGA